UUGUUUUGUUUCAUAUUUUCAAGAAGUUGCAAAUUUGAUAAAAGUUGUUGUUUGUAUGCAAUUCAGUGUAAGAUAUAUUAUCUAUAUAAUUUCAACAUGAUGACAUUUGACUUCUAAGACCCCCGCAAACAGUGAGAUAUGUAUGUAUUUUAAAGGAUUUGAAAUUAUUUUCCUACAUCAUUUAUAUAACAUACACAUCCAAGUAUCGAUGCAUGUGUAUAGUUUGUGAGCUAUAAUCAGCUAUAAUGAGAACGGAGGUUAACUCAGGGUCGACCACUUGUUGAAUGUCUUUCAUACAUACAGCUUAUAUAUAGAAGCCGGUUCGUUGUAAUAGCUUAAGGUGGUAUAAUAUAUUUUAGUAUAAAUCUUAUACUUGGAUUGUAUUGAAUAUUACAUUUAAAACACAAUGUCUGGAGAAAAUUUAGCACUUUUAAGCGUCUCUGAUAAAACAAACCUUCUGCCAUUUGCUAAGAAAUUACAUGAGCUGGGAUUAACUUUAGUAGCAUCUGGUGGAACUGCUAAAUCUUUGAGAGAUGCUGGCCUUCCAGUGAAAGAUGUUUCCAACAUUACUGGAGCUCCUGAAAUGCUUAGUGGAAGAGUAAAGACUCUUCACCCUGCUGUACAUGCUGGUAUAUUGGCUAGGCUUAAUGAAUCAGAUCAACAAGAUCUUCAUAUGCAAAACUAUAAGCUUAUUCAACUUGUAAUAUGUAAUUUAUAUCCAUUUGUAAGUACAAUUUCCAAACCAGAUGUGACAAUUGAAGAUGCAGUAGAAAAUAUAGAUAUCGGUGGAGUAACAUUAUUACGUGCUGCAGCUAAAAAUCAUAGUAGAGUGACAGUUGUUUGUGACCCUGAUGAUUAUGAAAAAAUUGGAAGAGAGAUGGAAACAUCAGCUAACAAAGAUACUUCUCUGAAAACUAGACAAGAAUUAGCUCUCAAAGCAUUUACUCAUACAGCAGAAUAUGACAAUGCUAUUUCAGAUUAUUUUCGUAAACAAUAUAGUGCUGGUGUUUCUCAGCUAACAUUAAGAUAUGGAAUGAAUCCUCAUCAGAAACAAGCACAAAUUUUUACAACUUUAAGCAAAUUACCAAUAAAUGUAGUAAAUGGUUCACCAGGCUUUAUUAAUCUCUGCGAUGCUUUAAAUGGUUACCAACUAGUAAAGGAAUUGAAAACAGCAUUAAAUUUGCCAGCUGCAACAUCUUUCAAACAUGUCAGUCCUGCUGGAGCAGCUGUUGGUGUGCCAUUAGAUUCUGUACAAGCAAAAUUAUGUCAGGUGGAUGAUCUAUUGAGUCAACUUACACCAUUGGCAACUGCUUAUGCCCGUGCUAGAGGAGCAGAUAGAAUGUCUAGUUUUGGGGAUUUCAUAGCGUUGUCUGACUCGUGUGAUGAAAUUACAGCUAAGAUUAUAUCCCGGGAAGUUUCUGACGGUAUUAUUGCACCUGGUUACUCGGAGAAUGCCCUUCAAAUUUUGAAAAAGAAGAAAAAUGGUGCAUAUUGUAUUCUUCAAAUUGAUCCCAAUUACGAACCAUCUCCAAUAGAACACAGAGUUCUAUUUGGUUUAACCCUGGAACAAAAGCGUAAUGAUGCAGUUAUCGAUAAGAAUACAUUUGCCAAUGUGGUAACCAAUAAUUUGACUGUUAUUCCUGAUGCCGCCGUGAGAGAUUUAAUUGUAGCUACCAUUGCUAUAAAAUAUACACAGAGUAACUCUGUGUGUUAUGCAAAGGAUGGGCAAGUUAUUGGAAUUGGUGCAGGUCAACAAUCAAGAAUUCAUUGUACAAGACUUGCUGGUGAUAAAGCUGAUAAUUGGUGGCUACGUCAGCAUCCAAAGGUUAUCAACAUGAAGUUUAAAAAGGGUGUAAAGAGAGCGGAAAUUUCAAAUGCAAUUGACAAUUAUGUGAAUGGAACUAUAGGGAAGGAUAUGGAUAAAGCUACUUGGGUAGCUAUGUACGAAGAAGUUCCAGAAAAGCUUUCUGAAAGUGAUAGAUUGGAAUGGAUUAAGAAGGCAAACAAUGUUGCUUUAAGUAGUGAUGCUUUCUUUCCAUUUAGAGAUAACGUGGAUAGAGCCAAAUUGAGCGGUGUUAAAUAUAUUGCAAGUCCUUCUGGUUCUACAAACGAUAAAGCAGUAAUAGAAGCUUGUGAUGAACACAAAAUUGUAUUAAUGCACACUAAUUUGAGAUUAUUCCAUCACUAAGUGAAAAAUAUUAACAAUGGUGGAUUUACUGUAUCAAAACAAAAGGUAUUUUAUCUACAAGGUUCAUUGUGUAAAAUGUAAUAAUUAAUUUUCGUUACAUCAACAAACAGGAGGUAUUCCAAGUCGCAAUUAUAUGUAAAAAAUAUUAAAUUUUAUUACAACAUAUCAAA